GGCGCCUCCUCCUCGAAACACGAAAAUCUGUGGAGCAAUUUAAAUGAGUUAUGGUUGUGUGAACUCACAGCUUAAACAAGCUGGUUUACUCGUUUCUACAGCCGGAGAAAUCAUCGCCUGUAGCCGCUGCCAUUAAGCUAGUCCCGCUUCUGACCAGAUCAUGGCAGAUUUUUCGCUGUCUGACGCUUUAGGAGACGACACGCCGAGCCAAGCUAAGAAAAUAGGCUACACUAAUCCUUCUGUGCCAGCCAGCAACCCUCCACAUCCUUCAAACCCGGGAUGGCCCGGUUCAGCCCCUGGAGCUCCCACUCAGCCAUCAGCACCAGCUGACUUCAGCAGUGGAUUGUCUGGCCCCGGGGCACCUGGGCCGUUUUCAUACCCCUCUGGUCCAGGAGCACCAGGGCAAUAUCCAGGACCUCCUUCAGCACCUGGUGGGUUCCCUGCUGGUCCUGGAAUACCUGGACAGUAUCCACCUGUACCAGGAGCUCCAGGUCAAUUUCCCUCCAGUCCUGGAGCACCCGGACAGUUCCCCGGGCAGUAUCCACCUGAAGGAGCUCCGGGACAGCUGCCUGGAGGUCCUGCUCCCUACCCAGCUGGUCCCUUUCCUUCUGGCCCUGGAGCUCCUCCAGGACCUUAUCCGAACGUGUCUUUCCCUGGUGGUCAGCCACCAGGAGGAAAUGGGAUGUACGGACCAGGAGGUCCUGGAGCAUUCCCACCUCCAGCUAAUCCUGGCUCUUUUCCAACAUUCCCCGCUGGUGGGUUUCCCCCAAUGCCAUCUGGAUCAUGGGGACCUGCUGGAGGAGGAUUCCCUCCUGCUCCUGGCCCCUUUGCUUCUGGUCCCGGACCUAUGGGUCCAUAUGGGGGGCCGGCUGGACCAGGAGGCACAUUGAUGCUGCCGUACGAUCUCCACCUUCAUGCCGGGAUUUUGCCAAAACUUGUGAUCACGAUAAUCGGAGAGCCUCUUCCUGGUGCAGACAGGUUCAAAGUUGAUUUCAUCAAAGGUUCGGACGUCGUCUUUCACCUCAACCCUCGGUUCAUGGAGCGUACCAUCGUCAGAAACUCCAACCUCGGAGGUUACUGGGGCCCAGAGGAACGUGAAGGACCCUUCCCCUUUGUUGAAGGAUGCCGUUUUGAGCUGAAGAUCCUCGUGGAGGAGGACAUGUUUAAGGUGGCUGUGGACGGCACCCACCUGCUGGAGUACGAGCACAGAGUCGGAGGCCUGGAGGAAGUGACCUUACUGCGAGUGGACGGAGACAUCCUCCUGUACAGCGCAGCCCCGAGCAUGAUCUGAACUGUCAGCUGGACCCCGCGCUGCCCAGCACACCCUGCGUGUUUGAAGACCUUUCAAAUACUUUGUUGCACUUGAUUAAAAUCUGCAAGGCGCUAACAUCAGAAAAGUGCAAUUUAAAGCCACGUGGCACAUUUAUCACUGAGCAGAAGGCAGAUUAGAUAAAGUCUGCACGCUGUAAUUAUUAUUAAGUUGGGCUUCAGAAUAAACCAGAUGAAGGAAAAUGAACAAGUUUGAGGUGGAACAGUCCCAAACAUUUCAGGCGAGGGAGCGCUGUUUGGUUUACAUGUUUAGUUUUUUGUCCCUUUAAAUGUUUAUCAUUGAACGCCUUCAUAACGCAUGAAAAUUCACUCGUCUCCUUUUCUGUAAGCGACUGAACCGACCCGUUGGCAGUCCGGCAAAAAUGAAGAUUCUCUGCAUUUAAUAUAUCCUGCGUUUGUCAGCUGAAGCUCUCAGGCUGAAGGGCCUGAAAUAGUAAUAAAAAAAUCUGAGUAUCAAACAAAAGGCAAAUUUAAAUGAACGUGUGUGAAAUACGAGGGGAGAUUUUCCAGCUUGUUGCCAAAUAAAAUAAAAAUAUUUUAACAUUAUUAAUGAAAAUGCAACAAAAAGUGACUG